GCCCUACCAAUAGGAAAGAAAUAAUUGUUGAUGUAAUUAUAAUUUAUACUAUGAAUUUGUCCUUGUAUCCAUUAAAUUUUCGACCUCAAUAAUUCUGUUUUCUGCAACCAAUAGCACACAACCUCUUUCCUCUCAGCUUCAAUAAGAACUGAGAUUUUCUUCUGUUAUAUGUUUUAAAAUUUUUUGAGGUUUAUUUGAACAAAGAAAGAAUGUCAGUUGUAGGUGGACUAUACUCAAUUUACUCAAUUUGCAGUUUUGCAGCUGGGAUUGCAGGGAAUCUCUUUGCAUUCGUCUUAUUUGUGUCACCAAUACCAACAUUUAGAAGAAUCAUUAGAAGCAAGUCUACAGAACAGUUUUCUGGAUUACCUUAUAUAUAUACGCUCUUGAAUUGCUUAAUAUGCCUCUGGUAUGGGACACCAAUUGUAUCUCCUGGUAUUAUAUUGGUUUUCACUGUCAAUUCGAUUGGAGCAGUGUUCCAGCUAGUAUAUAUUACCAUCUUCAUUAUUCAUGCAGAGGGGUCCAAGAAGUUGAAAAUGUUGGGGUUGGUGCUUGGCGUUUUUGCGGUAUUUGCUGCUGUAGUUGCCAUCAGCCUUACUCUAUUUGAGCCUUCUAGUCGGCAAACUUUCGUUGGAUAUUUAUCCGUCUUUUCACUCAUUUGCAUGUUUGCUUCUCCACUAUUCAUCAUUAAUUUGGUCAUCAAAACAAAGAGCGUGGAGUACAUGCCAUUUUAUCUAUCCCUUGCGACUUUUCUCAUGAGCCUUUCUUUCUUUGCCUACGGAAUGUGCAAGAAUGAUCCAUUCAUCUCUGUACCAAAUGGGAUCGGAGGAGUUCUUGGUGUCACACAACUGGUACUCUACUUUAGAUACAGCAAUUCAGAAGAGGAGCCAAGAGCACCUCUCUUGGACUCUUAUGCAUGAAACACAAAACUCUCUCAAUUCUUCUUUUCAACUGAUUCUUUCUUCUUGUGUGAGAAUUUGGGAUGGUUAGAAUUUUCUUUUGCUCUUUCUGUUUUCCAGGGAAGAAUUUAGUGUAUGUAUUAAAAGUGGUGAAGGGUAGUAUAUAGUAUCUCAUUUAUGAGAAAUAAAGUUAUUUAUCAUUUGUUGUGUGCUCAAAUUAACAUUGAGCAUCUAUUGUUUAAUGAAAGGUUCAGUUGCUGAGAUGAUAACUCUCAGCAAGUUUAUGUAUUCAUUGGAUUGAUGUAUACAGAUUUUCCCCAAAUUAUAAGUACAACAGUCCAUAAUCGAGCUAA